ACUGCGGUCUUUCUUUCCGGUAAUCUAUCUCUCUCCCUCCCCUACACCCUCUAUCUUAUAAAAUGACCUACCUUCCUAAACAGAUCCCUCUUCUCCAAAAACACCCUCAUGUACAAACAUGGUAGAACCAUACACAAAUUUCUCCAUGGCUUACUUCAACUAUCACUUCCUCCCCUCAUACCCAUCUCUUCCUGCUCCUUAUCUCCCUCUUUUAGCCCCCAUGGAUAUCAAUAACCACCUAUCUCCACCAUCCUCACCUCCCGUAAUGGAAGCUCUUCCACUUCUUAAGGAUGAGAAAGAUGAAGAGAAGAAGAGCAGCACAGUAGUGAACUUAUUAAAUGAUCAGGACUUAGUAGAGGAUGUUGAGUCUGCGACUGUGACUCUUCACAUAGGACUUCCAAGUCCUAAUGCUGCAGAUCUCAUCUCAUCAACAGUAACUUCAGCUCAAGAAGAAGGAGAGAAGCAAGGAGAAGAGAGUGGAGUUGAUGAAACAGCAGAAGUUCUAUUAUUAAGGUAUCCCGAAACCCUCAUAGGGAAGCUUAACAAAGGACAAUAUUGGAUCCCUACUCCUUCUCAGAUACUAAUUGGACCAACACAGUUCUCCUGCCCUGUGUGCUUCAAGACUUUCAAUAGAUACAAUAACUUGCAGAUGCACAUGUGGGGUCACGGUUCACAAUACAGAACUGGCAGACAAUCCCUUCGUGGAAUCCAACCCACAGCAAUGUUGAAGCUUCCAUGCUACUGCUGCUCUCCAGGCUGCAGAAACAAUAUAGAUCAUCCUCGAGCUAAGCCAUUGAAGGACUUCAGAACUCUCCAAACACACUACAAAAGAAAGCAUGGGUUGAAGCCCUUUAUGUGCCGCAAGUGCAGCAAGGCCUUCGCAGUUAGAGGAGAUUGGAGAACCCAUGAGAAGAACUGUGGGAAGCUUUGGUACUGUACUUGUGGAUCUGAUUUUAAGCAUAAGAGAUCUCUGAAGGAUCAUGUGAAGGCUUUUGGUCGUGAUGGCCAUGCUGCUUGUGGAGUACAUUGUUUUGAUGAGGAUGAGGAGGAGGAGAUUAAUUAAUUAAGAGACGUGAUUAAAUAUGUGCGACUCGUAGUUCUGAACUAUAGCUAAUUAGCUAUGUAUGGAUACUUAACAUAAUUAUGUUCAAAGCCUAAUUAUCUCCACGUACAGUAAUUAUGUAACAGCCUUUCAGCCUUAGAAAUUUGGCAAGCAGAUACUUGCUGGGAAAAAUAAAUGCGUCAGGAGUUAGCUCCUCAUCGUUUAUAUUAGUUUGAUUAAUGUCAUAAUUAUUAUAUAAAUAUAUUGUAUUUUUUAACAAA